AUGAAAGUUGACAAGGAGAAGCGAGGCGGGCACUGGCGACUCUGGCGGCCACACAAGCUUGUUUCCGGCGGCUACACGCCGAUCAACAGGAGUACCUCGGCGGACAGCCUUUUGAACGACGAAGUCAGACACACCUCGACCAAGCAAACAAACCGCAGCCCAAUAUGCUUCCGUUCAGAGAAGAAAGAAUGGAUUCGCCCAAGGGCUUUGUUCGCCUCUUCUAGGGGCAAGGUAUAG